GGAAGAAAAAGCGACCUGAAGCAUGCUUUUCUUCCCCCUUGCUGGGCGAAGGACUGGAACCGGCGGGCUGAUGGGAUGGCGGCUGCGGGCCCCCCGGUGCGCUUCAAAACCAACUAUGCCAUAUCCAGGAAAAUUGAGCCUUUCUACAAAGGAGGGCGAAUUCAGAUAAGCCAAGAUGGAGAAUAUAUGUUUUGUUCUUGCGGGACCAAAGUUCACAUACUAUGCAUAGCAACAGGAGCUCUUCUUCACAGUAUUGAACAAGAUGACCAAGAGGAUAUUACAACCUUUGCUCUCAGUGGUGAUGAUGAGAUCCUUGUGACAGCAAGCCGGGUGCUGCUGCUGAAGCAGUGGGAAUGGCGAGCGAACAAGUGCACCCGCACGUGGAAGGCGGUGCAUGUGGCUCCUGUGGCCAGCAUGGCAUUUGACCCAACAUCCACUUUGUUAGCCACAGGUGGCUGCGAUAGCACCAUUAAGGUCUGGGAUGUUAUCAAGCAGUACUGCACACACAACCUCAAAGGUUCAUCAGGGGUUGUCCACCUUGUCAAGUUCCAUCCCGACGCCUCUCAGCUGCAGCUUUUCUCCUCCUCCAUGGACUACAAAAUCCGCCUUUGGGACCUGCAGUCCAGCAAAUGCAUCGCCCUGCUUGAGAGCCACUACAGCGCGGUCACCUGCUUAGCUUUCUCUGCAGACAGCGAGACGCUAGUCAGUUCUGGUCGUGAUAAAAUCUGCACCGUGUGGGAUCUGAAUACAAGAACAGUCAAGAGAACCAUCCCCAUCUAUGAGAGCAUCGAAUCCGUUGUUUUGUUACCAGAAGGGACAGAUUUCUCACCCCUGGGUGUGAAGAAGCCGGGCUUUCGCUUUCUCACUGCAGGCAGCAAAGGAAUUCUCCAAGUCUGGGAUCCAUCCACUGCCACUUGUGUGUACAGCCAGCCGCUGCCCCACCAUCUAGCAGCAUCUGAGGAAGAGGCUGGUGAGCACAGCCUGGUGCACUGUGUGCUGGUGCCGGUUAAAGACGAGGUCAUCACGGUCAAUGCAGAGCACAACAUUGUCUUGUACAACGCUCAGACGCUGCAACUCAGGAAGCAGUUUGCAGGUUACAACGAAGAAGUGUUGGAUGUCAGAUUCCUGGGGCUGGGGGACUCCCAUAUUGUAGUGGCUACCAACAGCCCUCAGCUCAAAGUCUUUGAGUUGGCAACAUCUCACUGUCAGAUCCUAUAUGGCCACACAGACACCGUGCUUGCCCUGGAUGUCUUCCGCAAGGGCAUGUUGUUUGUUAGUUGUUCUAAGGAUAAAAGCUUCCGAGUUUGGCGGAUGAAGAAAAGUGGCCAGGUUGUCUGUGUAGCGCAAGGAUCGGGACACGCGAACGGAGUGGGUGCAGUCUCUUGCUCCAGGAUGAAAGAGAGCUUUGUGGUCACCGCCAGCCAGGACUGUACAAUCAAAGUGUGGCAUCUCCCUGAGUCCCUUUCUGCCAAGGCAAAACCAGCUGCUCCUGAAGGCCUUUAUGCCCACUUCACAGAGAAAGCACACGACAAGGAUGUUAACAGUGUGGCAGUUUCUCCGAACGACAAGCUGAUUGCAACAGGAUCCCAAGACAAGACGGCCAAACUGUGGGCCUCCCAUGACUGUUCACUGAUGGGUGUCUUCUUUGGACACAGACGGGGGGUCUGGUGUGUGCAGUUCUCACCUGUGGACCAGGUCUUAGCUACCUCAUCAGCGGAUGGCAGUGUAAAAAUCUGGGGUCUCCAGGACUUCAGCUGUUUGAAGACUUUUGAAGGUCACGAUGCCUCCGUCUUGAAGGUCAUCUUUGUGAGCCGAGGAACACAGGUGCUUAGCAGUGGCUCUGAUGGUCUCCUGAAACUCUGGACAAUAAAAACCAACGAGUGCGUGAAGACCUUAGAUGGCCAUGAGGACAAAGUUUGGGGCCUGCAUGCCAACAAGCAAGAUGACAUGGUGGUUACGGGUUCUAGCGACUCUUGCAUCGUGCUGUGGAAGGAUGUCACUGAAACGGAACUGGAAGAGGAGCAGGCGAAGCAGGAGGAGCAGAUCCUGAAAGAACAGGAGCUGUCAAACUUGCUGCAUGAGAAACGGUAUCUUAAAGCACUGGGCUUGGCAAUCUCCUUGGACCGGCCACAUACUGUGCUGACGGUGAUCAAGGCAAUUCUCAAGGAAACUGAUGGAAAGGAGAAUUUGGAAAAGAAUCUGCUGAAGCUGCGGAAAGACCAGAAAGAGGCUGUGCUGAAAUUUGCCGUCACUUGGAACACAAAUUCGCGGAAUUGCCACGAGGCUCAGGCAGUGGUCCAAACCUUCCUCAAACACGAAUCACCGGAGUCUCUCUUGCAAUACGAAGGGAUCAAAGCAGCUGUGGAGUCUCUUCUGCCUUAUACAGACCGCCAUUUCCAGAGGCUGGGACGUCUCUUGCAGGCUGCUACGUUCCUUGAUUUUAUAUGGCAGAGCAUGAGACUGGCUGAUGCCUCCUAAUUGGAUGUGAACAUGAGCAUGUGACUGUGUUAAGAAGCCAAUCAGGGCAGAAGAGACCAUAGUCCACCCACACACCCCUCUAUUACUGCUCCACCCGAUGUGCAUCUUGGUUGGCUUUCUUCUUGCAGCAAGUUUCUAAAUAUAUUUAUAAAUAAAUGUGUAUUUUUAAAAACUGU